UUGUACAAGGCUCUCCACUGUUCAAAGACAAUGACAGAGGUCGCUGCCAUUGUAUUAUAUGGUGGUACAGUCUUGCAUCCAUAUUCACAGAUGGUUUGGGGGCCAGGCACAGAGUCUAUCAAUGUGCUGGACUUGGGACCAUUGCAUGAGGAACUGAAACAGCACCUCAAACUUAUUUUUACCAAUCCGAAACUGAUCUUUGGUGCUAAUGUGGCCCCCAAAACAGCUUGCUUUGGUGGUUGGCCCUGGUGUAAUCCUGCUGCUAUGGCUGCAGCAUUCAAACUUGCCUCCAAGAUUGGGCAUCUGCGUCCAAUCACACUAGCCCUAUUCCAGGGAGCACUCAACAAGUGGAAGUCAUUCACAACCAAAUUUGUGCCAGGCGGCACAAUUGACCAAGCCAGUACUGAGGAGCUGCCUGCGAUGAAUGACGCAAACGAGGGGGCCCUUGGCUC